ACUACCGUCCUUUUCAUUAAGUUUGGUACGUUUAUGUAGUUAGCAGGAAAUAGCUUAAGAAUGAGUAAUGAAAUAUUAAGUCGUUUGAAAAGUGGCGGCUGCUUUUCCGACCUUAAUUCAGAAAUGCUUUCUGCAAUAGCUUCAAAAGUUACACAAGUAAACUUAAAAUCAGAAGAAUUCUUAUUUAAACAAGGAGAUCAAACAGGUUCCCUAUACAUCGUGGGAGAGGGGGUCUUAACUGUGACGGUUUCGAGUAAAGUUCAGCAAGAUGUUAAAGUUAAUGAACUUGGAGUUAAUGAUUUUGCAGGACUAGGAUCUUUUUUUGAAGAAACUGAGCAUUCUGCUUCUGUGCUUGCAAAAACUGAUGCCUUAAUUUACAAACUAACAAAUAGCGAUUUUCAAAGUCUUAUUACGCAGCAUCCUUCCAUUGCUUAUAGUAUGCUUCGAUACUUUAGUAAGACUGUUAAGAAAUUACGUGCCGGCCUCGUUCAGCAUUCCACAAAGCCUUCACAGAAGAGUUCUUCAACCCUCAAAGUUGCUGUAUUUGAUACCAAAAACUACGAUAUUGAGAGCUUUCAAAGAAUAAAUAGUGAGGGAAAGUACAAUUAUGAAUUCAACUUUCUGGAGACCCGUCUUAGCAUCGACACAGCUAACUUAGCACAAGGCUGCGAGGCCGUAUGCGUUUUUGUAAACGAUGAUGUGGGAGAAGAAGUAGUUAAAAUUUUAGCCAGAAUGGGAGUCAAACUGAUUGCUUUAAGAUGCGCUGGCUUUAACAACGUUGCCCUUGGUAUGGCUGCUGGCUUUGGAAUUAGUGUGGUGCGAGUUCCCGCUUACUCUCCGUAUGCCGUUGCUGAGUUUGCCACUGCUCUGCUCCUGACGUUGAAUAGAAAGAUUCAUAGAGCCUACAACCGUGUCCGUGACGGCGACUUUUCACUUUCUGGGCUUGUUGGUAACGAUUUACACGGGAAGACAGUGGGUGUUAUUGGUACCGGGAAGAUCGGUCAAGUGUUCGUUGACAUCAUGCUUGGUUUUGGCUGCAGAGUGUUAUGUUACGAUGUUUACCGAUCGCCGGAAAUCGAACGAAAGGCGGAUGUGAAGUACACUUCGCUGGAUCAGCUCUACGCGGCUUCCGAUGUUAUCUCGUUGCACGUGCCUCUUUUAGAUUCUACACGUUAUAUAAUCAACAAAGAAUCAAUUAGUAAGAUGAAAAAAGGUGUUAUCAUUAUUAACACUUCGCGGGGCGGAUUAGUUAAAACUACGGAUCUUAUAGAAGCUUUAAAGUCUGGGCAAGUGAAAGGGGCUGGAUUGGACGUUUACGAGAAUGAAAGUGGCUAUUUCUUUGAAAAUAGAGGGGAAGAGACGAUCACUGACGACAUUCUCUCGUUGCUUUUGUCCUUAAACAACGUCAUCUUGACAUCGCACCAAGCUUUUCUGACUAAAGAGGCGAUUAGUAACAUCUCUUCAGUCACACUCGAGAGUUUAAAGGAAUUUGCUUCGGGGAAAACGUUGAAAAAUUUAACUUACUACGUCGGCCCUCAAGGAAAUUAA